AUAAAGGCGUUUGUAAUUAUUCGUUUAUCGACAAUAGCCCCAUUUCGCCCACUUCGGUGUUGUCAUGAAGCGCCAUCUACCGUACGUGGAGCGCAUGCGUAUAAGCGUUCUUUCCUAGCAGCUGCGAAAUCGGAACACAGUUGCAAAAUGGCCGAAAUGGGAGAUAUCGGGGAGGACUUUGAGCAGGCCGAUGCCGGGUCAUCCACGACCUACCCGAAACAGUGCUCAGCUCUGCGUAAGAACGGAUUCGUGUGCAUCAAGGGGCGCCCAUGCAAGAUAGUUGAGAUGUCAACAUCCAAGACUGGCAAACACGGACAUGCCAAGGUCCAUCUGGUAGGAAUUGAUAUUUUCACACAAAAGAAAUACGAAGACAUAUGUCCAUCCACACACAAUAUGGAUGUACCAAAUGUCAGCCGCAAAGAAUAUACGCUGUCUGACAUUUCCCAUGAUGGUUUCUGCUCCCUGAUGACGGACGAUGGUGACGUACGUGAGGACCUCAGUCUGCCGGACGGAGACAUCGGAAAUGAGAUAAAGGCCAAGUUUGAAAAGGAUGAGAGCCUGCUUAUUUCCGUACUAAAGGCUAUGGACCAGGAGAUGAUCAUUUCUUACAAGGCUGCCACCAACUGACACGAUUACCGUACUAAAGGCUAUGGACCAGGAGGCCAUAAUUGCUUACAAGGCUGCUACCAACUGACAGUUUUCAAUGCAACUAAGAAACCAAUUUACCAUUUCAAUGGCACGACAGUUUAGUGAACCACUUCUUUGCUGACACGAACAUCGAACUUGUGAAAGACGGGGGUCUGUGUAACCCAGAGACAAGAUGCAAUAUUAUGAACAUAUAUUUUACAUGUUGAAUAAGUUUCAAAGUAGUUUGAAACGUUUUAACCGAAGAAAACAUUUUUUUAUGACUGUUGAUUAGUAUCAUUUAAGAUAACUCCAUGUUGAUGACUUAUAAUGGCUGUUAAAAGGCUAUGUAAUUUUUUUAUUUUUUUUUUAAUGGUUGGGCAUUUACUAUGAUUAUUUAGAAGACAGUCUUCUAGGAUUGAAUGAAUGGUUUUUGGUGACCUGGUCUUCUUUGAAACUGAUGAAAGCAAAAGAGAACAUUGUAUGAACAGUGUGGAAAUAUCAACAACUCUUUGUAUGUGAAUAAACUAUGUAAUACAUUAUUGCGUAAUUUAUUGUGAUGCCCCAAUCCCUUAAACUGGGUGUCGAAAGUGUUGAUAUUUGACAAAUGUUGAUUAAAAGUGCUUUACAUUCUUAACUAUUUUUGUCUUGUUUCAUGUGAACUUGAUUGUAUGUGUGUGUUGAUGACAUUUUGGGAGAACUGCCUAAAAAUCAAGGCAUGUUUUAUUGAAGAUGGUGUUAUAAAAUCAAUUAAAGAUGUCUUAAAGUGCAGGUGAAUAUAAAUUUGAAUGACAGUCAAUCAUGAAUCUGUUAAAAUUUCAAACCUUUUACCAUAAUAUUUGAUUUAAAAUAGUGUCUUGAAAGUUUUUGUAUCGUCAAUAAUAAUUAGAUUUGUUAAUGUGUUGACAUUUCAUCUAAAUGGAAAUGUUCCUUCUGAGUUGGUCAAUUAUCAUAAUUAUAGCAGUUCGUUAGGGUCCUGUUCUUUAGUCUGUUCAUUAUUGACAUACUGAGGGAAAAAUAGGUGGUGUGUGGUUAGUUAUAUUUUGCUAUUCAAUGUGUUCUGACGAGGGUAUUAUUGAUUAUUGUUGAAGUGCUUCUUCUUCAAAGUGUACAUAAUAGAUUCAUGGAACCUUAAGAAAGAUACUACUUAAAAUGUGCUAUUAAAAUGUAUCGGAGAUGAAUUGUAUAAUCUGGUAAAAUACAUAUAUGACCAUAAAUGUAUAGAACAUUUCUGUAUAAUAUUCUCAGUUUACAAUUAUUGUCCCCUCGUCCUGUUAAUCUGCUCAGUUCAUAUUUUGCUGAUUGUAUAGUCUUUUGUUUCGAAUGGAUAUGUUGCAAGAUGGAAAAAUUGGUUUAUGCAAACAUUUUGUGAUUGUGCCCAUUUUUUUUUCAAAUUAUUUGUUUGAAGGAUGGAGACACUGGAAAAAGUUGUUUAUGAAGUGAAGUGUUGUAUGAUGUUACAUUGCUUAAAAUUAUUGUUUGUUUCUUGUAAAUCGUUCCCUCAAAGGUAGACCUCUUUUUUUAUAUUCUAUAAAUUAAUUUGAAUUGAUAAUAGAAUUUCACAUUUUAUUUUAAUUAAAAGUAUGAGAGGAUUACGGAAUAAAUACUGUUUAAUUAAUAGGAAUUGCAUACAAGACUAGACAAUAUAUAUGAUUAAUUAUUAUGGAAUAAAUCAAGUUAUACAAA